AUGCGCCUCGCGCCGCUGCUCGCGCUCGCCGCCGCCAAUACCGCGCUGAACGCCACCCACGAUCGCCUACCGAGCGGCACGGCCGCGGCGCUCGCGCGCCUCGAGCUCAUCGACGCCUGGCUCGCGGACGGCGCGGACCCGCCCGCGCACUGGGCCGUGCGCAAGCCCGGCGACGUCGCCGCCAAGGCCAAGGUCCUCGUGGAAUCGAAGCAGAAGGAGGUCAACAGCUCGUGGCUCUCGCGCGAGUCGUACCGGGACGAGAAGACGCCCGUCGUCGUCAAGGCGCUGCACAAGGCGGGCCGCUUCGAGUUCGGCCACCGCGAGAGCGACAUCGCCUACUUCGAACUGCUCUACCUCGAGCUCCUGCGCGGCGAGCCGGGCAUCCCCGUGCUCUACGGCGGCUGGGCGACGAGAUCGCACAUUGUGUGGGUCACGUCCGACGGCGGCGCGAGCGUCGGCAAGGGCCUGGGCCGGUCGUCGGACCCGGCGAAACUCUCCAAGGCCUACGACCAUCGCGCGCGGAAGCACCCCAUCGAGGUGGCGCGCGCGUGGUUCCGCUGCUUCCGGUCCUUCGGCGAGCGCGGCGGCUUCGUGCUGACGGACUUCAAGCCCGAGCAGUUCACGCUCGAUCCCGCCGGCGACAUCUACCUCGUCGACGGGCCCGCGCCGAACGACGGCGCCAUCGCGGCCUUCGCGCGGAAGCACUUCACGGCGGGCGCCGCGUCGGACAUCAUCAUCCCCGGCGCGGAGCCGAGGACGCUGCCGCGCCACAUCGACCUCGAGCCCGGCGCGCCCUGGCCCUGCCCGGCGGACGAGCCCAUCGUCUGCGCGAAGCGCACCUACAAGCAGCACCACUGCGCCGACAGCCACUGCGAGACGAAGCGCGCGCGCGGCGCGCCUGAGCUCGCGGCGUGCCGCGGCGGCACGUGCGACGCCUUCGACUGGCGGGCCCACGUCUACGACGUGGCGUCGCGGGACUGGCUGUUGCCGCGGGUUAUUUCGCUGGCCUUCGACCGGUCCGACGCGGCGCGGCUCGAGGCGCUCUCCGCGAGGAUGCUCGCGCACGACCCGGACGCGCGGCCGUCCUUCGACGCGCUGCUAAGCAUGCUCGACAUGGGGGCCUGGUGCCAGGAGUCGAUCAACGAGGGGGGCUCGUCGCGGUCCCUCCUCAACCGCGUCAAGGCGGAGGUCGCCGUCGACUACCGCGCCAAGGGGCGGAAGCUCGGCGGCGCCUUCCUCUUCGGCGCCCUGGCGCUCGCGGCGGUGCGGCAGACCUACGUGCGCGGGCCGGCCCUCGAGGAGAGUCUGGCCGAGGCCCUCGUGUCCCUGAGCCUGCGCGUCGAGGACUGCGCGGGGCUCCAGUGCACCGCGUACGUGUCGACGACGGAGUCGUACGACGGCGCGAGCUUCGUGCUCGCGUACUGGCCCGAGGACGACGUGUCCAACGUGGCCUACUCCGAGGAGGUGGCGCUGACGGGCGACCACGAGGUGCGCCUCUACCGGCUGCGCGCGGACUGCGAGUACGGCGUCGUCGCGCGCGUGAAGCCCGGCGUCGGCGCGUCCGUGACGAGCCCGGCCGCGUCGGACUUCUACGUGCCCAAGACGGGCGUCGACAAGUUCGACCUGGGCCCCAUCGGCGACGUGACGGGCGACCCGGCCUUCGAGAUGCUGCUGUUCCCCUACCUGGACGAGGAGAGCUCGUUCCGGGGGCUCGUCGCCGCGGAUUCGGACGGCUACGCGGUCUGGUUCCAGAACCUGUCGACGACGAUCCGCCAGAGCCACAUCGAGGGCUUCUCCCAGUUCGCCGACGGCACGCGCUACUGCAUCAACGACCAGGGCGUCGGGGCCGUGCUCGUCGUGUCGUCCCAGAACCUGGUGGAGCACGCGCUGCAGCAGCCGGAUCUGCUCGCGGCGACGAAGCGGUUCGGCGCGGACGCGCGCAUCUACGACUGGUCCUUCAUGGGCCACGAGUGCCGCGCGACGGCCGACGACAAGAUCAUCACGACGGGCUACGUCUACCAGGAGGCCGACGAGAUCCUGGACAUCGAGGGCACGAAGGUCAAGUGGGUCGCGGAGGAAUUCGUGCUCUUGUGGAACCCGGAGAACUCGACGAACGUCAUCGAGGACGGCUCGGAGCCCUACCGCGGCCAGGACAUCGAGCACAUGCUGUGGCUGUCCGACUACGUCUCUUUGGAGGAGGUCUUGGCCGCGCGCAACGAGUCGUCGAAGGACGUCAUCUUGGAGCUCAACUCCGGCGUCGACGCGAACGCGACGUGGGGCAGCGACGUCGACGGCACGGGCAUCAUGUACCUCCACGUCAGUUCGGCGUCCGUGAGCCCCGACGGCUUACUGUACAUCAUCGCCAUGCGCAACAUCAACACGGUCAUCGCGAUCCACCGCGAGUCGCGCGACCUGAAGUGGGUCUUCUCGUCGACGCUGAAGCGCAACGACUUCAAGAUGAGCGGCUCCAACGCCAAGUUCUUCAACCCCCACGACGCCAUCAUGACCGACGUCCACGGCCGCGAGUCCCUGUGCCUGUCCGACGAGGGGUAUUUUAGAAUCGGAUGCGAGGAGGACACGGAGCACAACGAUUAUUUUUGCUACUCGCGCGGCGUCUGCUACGACCUGGACUUCACGGAGGGCACGGCGGCCAUCUCCUACGAGUUCUCCUACCCGCUCGACGGCCGCAACGUCGACACGGCCGUGAAGCGCCACGAGGACCUCUUCAACCUCAACGGCGGCAACGUCGUCCACGUGCCGGGCACGGACCGCAUGUUGACGGCCUUCACGUCCGUCUACAAGGAGCAGUUCGCGGAGCAUUCCUAUGCCUUCGAGACCAAUUCCACGGGCGGCCUGCGGGCGUCCGUGCUGCUGCCCCACAUCGCGUCCUGGACGGACACGGGCGGCGGCACGUCCGGUUUGUACCGCGUGCUGCCCAUCGACACCGCGGGCGGCGAGCGCAAGACCGUCGACUCGGAGUGGAUGGUCGAGCCCGUGGCGUCGUCCGCCACCGACGACGUGGACGCGGCGCAGCCGUCGGACCCCAUCCCCCAGCUGGACGCGCUCGACGUCGUCGACGACGUCGCGGCCGGCGACGAGGUCUCGUUCCUCCUCUACAAGCGCACGUCCCUGUCGUCGAACCCGAAGGCCGAGUGCGCCUGGCUGCGCAAGGCCAUGAUGUUCGACGACGCCUUCACGCACAACUUCACGCUGUCGGACCCGCAGCCCGGCGACUCGAACCUGUGCGCGCAGCGGUGCGCGUCGAACCCCGAGUUCUUCUCCCUCCACGACCUCCAGACCUGGAAGGCCAUCGAGGGCGAGAUGAGCAGCGACGACUGGAUCGCGUCCUGGAACGCGGCCCACGGCAAGCUCGGCACGGCCGACUGGGCGGGCUGGGACGAGUGGAUGUCCAUGAGCCUCAGCUUCUGGGUCGAGACGCUCGGCCCCUUCGUCGAGAACUUCGACAAGCUCGGCAUCACCUACCUCGCGCGGACCUACGCGUCGACGGACGCGACGACGGUCUACGUCGUCCUGCUCACGAACCCCUACACGGGCGCCAUCUACGAGCUCCACUCGGACGUCGCCGACGCGCCGACGCUGACGUUCUCCGCGCUGGAGAAGCAGGCCUGCCCCAAGGCCGUCGAGCUCUCCCACACCGUCGCGGAGAUGACGGCCUGGCUCGACCGCGCCCAGCGCGAGCGCACGAACAUGGGCGGCCACCCGACGAUGGUCGUCCGCGUGUCGCACCCGACGACGGACGCGUCCGCGAUGGCCGCCUACUUCGACAAGCUCGACCUCUCCGGGGCGCUGGACGCGACGACGAUCGAGUCCGAGUCGUGCUCCGUCGCCGUCGCGCGCUUCCCGCAGUCGCUCGCGUCCGUCGUGCCCGGCGCGUGGGCGCGCGUCCAGUUCGUCGACAACCGCGCGGCGCGCGCCGCGCCCCACUCCGUCGCGUCCUACGAGACCUACGUCGGCGACCUCCACGGCAAGGUCAUGUCGGAGAACUUUGGCUGGGACCGCUUCAUCGACAGCCACCUCGGCAUCAAGGUCGAGGGCGCGUACCUCGACAAGAUCAAGCCGUACCUCGACAGCAACGCCAUCCCCUACGAGCCGCACAAGGAGACGGACCACUACGACGACGACUCGACGGGCUCCGUCUGGACCGCGGGCUUCUCGGGCAUGGCCAUGGAGUUCGAGGGCCACUUCUCCGGCGACGAGUUCCACAACCUCGAGGAGACGCGGCGGUCCGUGUCCUUCGAUGCCGUGGCCGGCGCCCUGGAGCAGCCCCCGAGCGCGGCGCGCGCGACGAGCGAGGAGACGGAGUACGUGCCGGGCCCCGCCGACCUGAUGGCGAACGUCCACGAGGACAUCCGCCAGCGGCCGCGCUUCCGCAAGCUCAAAUCCCUGGGCCACAUCGUGAGCAGCCGGUCGCCGCGGAAGCGCUUCGACAUGACGCAGCUGCCCGAGGACAUCCAGCGCGUGCAGAAGCACCUCCAGCGGCGCUUCGGGGAGGAGUACAGCCUGCACAUCGUCUUUGUGAUCCGCACGGCCGUCGAGCUCCACCGCGCCUGGCACAUGACCCUGCUCACGUCGAAGAUCAUGCAGCAGCUCAAGGACAAGUUCCAGCUCCGCACGACCUGGACCCUGGGCGUGCUGCGGCUCAAGUUCCGCAUCGAGGACGGCGACUACGAGCUCCACCGGAAAGUGCCCUACGACUACGACAGCGAGUUCCAGGACAAGUACACGCGCAUCGCCGUGGCGUUGAUCGAGGGCCACAUCGACGUCCACCGGGCGCUCCAGUACCAGGUCGAGACGAAGCAGGGCUUGCACACCGCGCGGUCCGGGCUGUUUUUCCGCGACUACCCGGGCCGCGUGCUGCUCUACCCGCUCGAGGCCGCGACGUGCGCCGUCAUCUUCUUCGGCGGGCGGUGGAUGGACGGCGCCAUCGCCGGCGUGACGGGCCUGGCGGCGGGGCUGCUCGAGUGGCAGCUGGGGAGGCAGGGCGAGGCGCAGGGCAGGACAAGAGAGCGAAAUUCCCAACUUCAAAGGCUCCUUUCUCGGCCGUUUUCCGCUCGCGAGGCGGGGAAGCUCGUCAUCGACAUCACCGUGGGCACGUCGACGGGCGUCAUCGCGGGCCUCUUCUACAUCUACGACGGCGGCGCGUGCCUGUCGUCGAUCUUCCUGGGCACGCUCUACUGGUUCUUCUACGGCACGGCCUUCGUGAUCGGGCUGUUGGAGAUCAUCGCGGGCGAGCUCGAGACGGGCGUGACGCGGUUCAUCGCCGUGUCCGUCAAGACCUUCGUGCUCUGUCUCGGCGCGGGCUUCGGGAUGAUGAUCACGCUCAAGGACCCGUCGCAGAAGUGGGUCGACCAGGCGGACUACUGCGGGCGGCUGGACCUGAAGCACGCGUGGUGGCGCAUCCCGCUCUACCUGCUCUGCUCCGCGUCGGCGCUGGGCCAGUACCGCUUCCCCAUCGUCGACUACUGGCGGGGGCUCAUCGUCCAGCUCGUCGCCUACGAGGUCCAGUACCAGCUGCUCGUGUUUUUCGAGAAGCGGCACGACAAGGACAACCUCGACUACGCGGCGUCGAACGUCGCGGGCGCCAUGGCGGCCGUGGUCUGCGCGUGCGUCAUGUCCUUCUUCGUGGACCAUUUGCUGCGCCGCCCCUACUACAACCGCAUCCUCCAGCGCGAGGGCGGCACGAUGUCGCUGACGCCGAAGCUGGAGAAGGCCGUCUACAACGUCGUCACCUUCGCCAUCAAGGUCGGCGACUGCCUGGGCCUGGGCCGGAAGACGGAGCCCGUGAAGCGCCAGCUGGCGAAGAAGCUCCGGCAGCGCCAGGCCUUCGUCCUGGACCCGAACCGGCCCGAGACGGAGGUCAAGCUCGACGACGAGGAGGAGAACAUCUUGGUGGAGACGGUCAUCGGCGCGCAGGAUCUGAGCAUCUGGGCGCAGCUCAUGCCGGCGGUUUACCAGCUCGUGCCGGGGUCCAUGAUCGCGAAGCUCUGGUUCAACUCCAUCUUCCCGCCGCCGCUCGAUUUGUCGAAACUCGACGAAAACGACCCGAAGAUCUACAACGACAACGACGUCUUCUCGAACCUGAUGGUCAUCUCGACGUCGCUGGCGCUGGGUCUGGUGCUGGGCUUCGUCGCCGUGCGCAUCGGCGCGCGCUUCUUCUUCUGGCUCUGCUGCUGCUGCGGCCCGUCGUGCUCCGACGAGAUCCUCAACGCGGACGACGCGGACGACGACCUCUCCGACGAGGAGCACGCCCUCGCGGCCCAGCGCAGGCAGACGGGCGUGGAGACGCGGGACCGCUACGACGGCAUGUUCACCUCGACGGCCGAGGACCCGAAGGACGGGUCCGCGCGCGGCCUCCGCGACGCGCCGCCGGACGAGGAGGCCGGCGAGGCGUGA